AGAACUUUGUUUCGUCCGAAGGAUUCUGGGUAUUGUAGUCUUUGGCGGGGAUGACUGGGAAAAGGGGGACUGCGGCUGGAACCGAUGGUUCGGGGAACAAGAAAGGGAAACGGGAAUUCAAGGCGAAGCUGUCAGGAUUACUUGCAGACCAAACAUGUCGGGAUUCAGUGAAAGAAGCCUGGGAGGGAAACCAGGGCGGACAGUUCGGCUCAGUUGCUUUGGAUUCAGUGCCCUUCCCACAUGGUGUGAUCCAUCCUUUUAUUCACAACUCAGACUUCCUGGAAGAAUUGAAAGAGGAGCUGCUUAAUUUGAACUUCCAGCCCAAAUCAAAUGAUCUUUAUCAGUUCAAACAAUCAGAGGAUCUGAAAAAUCGUAGGGAGAGCCAUAUCAAAGCUCUAAGACAUGGACUGUUUGAGGAUUUUCGUCAGUGGCUAUCAAAUAUUACAAAUGUGGAACUGGAGAAGACUGUUGAUAUUUCCUGUGCCCAAUAUGGCUAUACAGAUACUUUGCUUUGUCAUGAUGAUGAGUUAGAAGGAAGGAGAUUUGCAUUCAUCCUUUACUUGGUUCCCGAGUGGUCCAAAUCUGACGGGGGCUCUCUGGAUCUGUAUGGCAUGGAUGAUAAUGGACAGCCUGGACCGAUUGUGAAAUCUCUGGUCCCUAGAUGGAAUUCUCUAGUGUUUUUUGAGGUCUCUCCAGUUUCUUUCCAUCAGGUUUCAGAAGUACUAAGUGAUGGAAAAUCUCGUCUUUCAGUCAGUGGUUGGUUUCAUGGCUGCUCUCUGGAGAGGCCACCUCGAGGUCUAGAUCAUCCGCCUGUUCGUAGUCCCCAUAUUCCUCAUGAUGACCAGAUAUUGUACGAGUGGAUAAAUCCAGCUUAUCUCUCCUUAGAGUCUCAGGCCCAGAUACAGGAGGAAUUUGAGGAAAGAUCUGAAAUUCUCUUGAAAGAUUUUCUUAAGGCAGAUAAAUUCCAAGCAAUCUGUGCAGCUCUGGAAACACAAAGCAUUACACUGGAGAAGUGCGGUCCACCCAAUAAAAGGUGUUAUGAAAGAGCACAUGGAGAUUUCCCUGGAGUCAUAGGUAGCUGCAUGGAGCUUCUGAGAUCGGAGGCUUUCUUUCUAUUCCUCUCUAACUUUACUGGCCUUAAACUUCAUUUUCUGGCUUCAAAUAAUGAAGAGUCAGAUGAAGGGGAAGGCCCUUCAGAGCCUAAUACAGUUUCACAACAAGGAGCUUCUUCAGAGGAUGACAAAGUUCCCUCAUGUAGUGGGGAAUUAAGACACUGGCAACACAGUUACUAUACCAUGAUCCAUGACCUUGAUCCUGAACGGCACGAAUUUGCACUAGAUCUACUUUUGUUUUGUGGGUGUGAUGAUUGGGAAGCUGAGUAUGGCGGUUUCACAUCUUACAUUGCAAAAGAAGAAGAUGAGGAGCUUCUCACUGUAUAUCCAGAGAACAACUGCCUUGCCUUGGUCUACAGAGACAAAGAAACAAUGCGGUUUGUUAAACACAUAAAUCACAAGAGCCAACAGAGAGAUGCCAACAGCACCAAGCACAAGGGAUUCUGGGACUUUGCUUUUGUUUACUAUGAGUGACAGCUCUGGAUUCAAAGAUUUGGACUUUUAACAGAGGGAAUAGUGGGCAGUUUUGAAAACCUGUGUAUAAACCAUAUCCUGCCAGUAAAUUGGUUCAGAUAAAGAUCUUAUUUGAAUUUGCUGUUGUUCAUGUGUUUAAUAAGGUAGCAAUCCUAUUUUUACUAAAAUAAUUUUUUUUGUGAAAGAGUUCUGUGACAUGAUUAAAUAUUCUCGACAAUGAUCUCUGUGGUAUAAAUAUGAUCAAAUGAGUUCUGCAAAAGCGAAGAAUAAAUAAGUACCUGAUAUGUACAGA